AUGGCCGCGCGUUUUACGGCCGCGCAGGUUCUAGAACAGAUCUUGUCCAGCGUGGACCAAGAAGACUACUCGGAUUGCCAGGAGGAGGAGGAGGAAGAGGUUUCGGAAGACGAAGACGGGGAGGAAUACAACCCCGAGCGCCGCGAGGUCGACGAUGCCUCUUCUCCCUCUUCCGAGGGAGAGCAGCCCGAGGAAGAGCCGCCCGAGGACGAGCACGAGGACGAGCGCGAGGACCGCGGCGAGGAAGAGAUCUCCUCGGCCCCGGACCAACGGGAGCCGCCGUUGCUGUCGAAAAACGGCAAAAUCGAGUGGUCCCCCGUGGCCUACGGCCGCCGCAGCCGCAGCCGCGGGGCCCUCGCCAUCUGCCAGGUCGGGCCGGACCAGACUCCGGGCCCCACGGCCUACGCCGCGACACAGGCCCGCGACAUCGCGUCCGCCUUCCACCUGUUUGUCACGCCGGCGAUAGAAAGGAUCAUUGUGGAAAUGACGAACCUGCACGGGGCCAGAAAAUACGGCGACGGCUGGCGACCCAUGGACGCCACGGACCUGCGCGCCUACGUAGGGCUGCUGAUCCUAGCGGGCGUCUACAGGUCCCGGGGCGAGGCCGCGGCCAGCCUGUGGGACGCCGAGAGCGGCAGGACCGUGUUCCGAGCCACCAUGCCGCUCAAGGUCUUUCACAGGUACUCGAGGCUGCUGCGAUUCGACGACCGCCAGUCGAGACCCGCCAGACUCGCCACGGACAAACUCGCGGCCAUACGGGAGGUCUGGGACCUGUGGGAGGCGCGGCUGCCGGCCCUCUACAACCCGGGGCCCGACGUGACGGUGGACGAGCAACUGGUCCCGUUCAGAGGCCGCUGUCCUUUCCGUCAGUACAUCCCCAGCAAGCCGGCCAAAUACGGCAUCAAGUCGUGGGUGGCCUGCGACGCCAAGUCCAGCUACGCUUGGAAGAUGCAAGUGUACACCGGCAAGGCGGCCGGCGGAGGCCCCGAGAAGAACCAGGGGAUGCGCGUCGUCCUCGAUCUGACAACGGGCCUGAGCGGUCGCAACGUCACCUGCGACAACUUCUUCACCUCCUACGACCUGGGCCAGCGGCUCCUCGAGAGGAACCUCACCAUGGUGGGCACGGUGAGAAAGAACAAGGCCGAGCUCCCGCCCGCGCUGCUCCAGUCCAGGGGCAGACAGGUCCUGUCCUCCAGGUUCGCCUUCACGCCCACCGCCACUCUGGUGUCCUACCUGGCAAAGAGAAACAAGAACGUGCUACUCUUGAGCACGCUGCACACAGAGGGCCACGUCAGCGAUCGCCGCGACAGGAAGCCGGCCCUCAUCCUAGACUACAACUGCAACAAGGGCGGCGUGGACAACCUAGACAAGGUGGUGGGCACCUACAGCUGCAGACGGAUGACUGCCCGCUGGCCCCUGGUCGUCUUCCACAACAUCCUCGACGUGUCCUCCUACAACGCCUUUGUCAUAUGGCGAGAGAUCAAGCCCGACUGGAUGCCUGGCAAGCGGAACAAGCGCAGGGUGUUCCUCGAGCAGCUGGGAAAGGCACUGGUGAAGCCGCUGAUCCAAAGAAGGCAGCAUCUGCCCCGCACCGAAGCGGCGUCAGCCCUUGUCAAAGUCCUACAGAGUGCUACGGCGGCUGAGGCGGCCGCGGCCGCGGCGGCGGCUGAGGCGCCUCGUGAUCAACAGCGCCAGGGCCCCGCCGCUGACACGGCCGCUGCCCCGCUCGUUGCCCCGGCCACCGGGGCAAGUAAGAGGAAGAGGUGUCAGCUCUGCCCACCCAAGAAGGACUCCAAGACACACACGGUGUGCUGCAGGUGUAAGAAAUACAUCUGCAAAGGCUGUUCACACGCCUACUGUCACACUUGCGCACAUUGGGCCUUUAGCCAGGACGGGACAGGGUGA